GGCCGAAUUUACUAAUGCCAGCGAGCACACCAGCCAAUCCUUUUAAUGGCACUUACAUAAAAGAGCAGAUAACAAAGACAGCUUCGGACGAUCUUCACAUUUUUAAUGGCAACUCCGCACUCUCUCGCUGCUAGUAGACAUUGAGCCUUCGCUUCAGUAAUGAAAAUUACAAUUAUGAUACGAUCGGGUUUAUGGCCGUUGCCUCAGCCAUUUAGGUUCGGCUCACCGUCACCGGCGUCGGAGAUUGGUCCUACUCCAAUGAAUGUGCUUACCACCACCGCCACCUCUAUUCGACUCGGCCACCUCAUCCAUCAUGGCGUUAAGCCUCUUCUCCGCUCCUACUUUCAGAAACUGGGUCGUCUCAGUCACGGGCCCAGAUUGGGGGAUUCUUUGGUAUCGGCAAGUUGGGCUCGAAUUUUUCUGUUUGGUGAGGAGGAAAAUGGAAAGGAAUUGGGAAAACGAGGGAUUUCUUCUUCUAACUCCAAGUCUAAUACAUCUAGUCCUAGUCCAUUCGAGGACAGGGGAUUGACUAAUGUACUUCUUGCACUUAAUGUUGCAAUUUUUAUUGCACAGAUUGCUUCAAAUGGGAGGUUAAUAUCUUGGGGAGCCAAGGUGAAUAAUCUGAUAGAGGAAGGGCAGCUGUGGAGGUUGGUGACAUCUUCAUUUCUGCAUGCAAAUGUUGGGCAUCUCUUGGUUAAUUGUUAUUCUUUGAACUCCGUUGGGCCUUCCGUGGAGAAAAUUAGCGGUCCUGGAAGAUUUAUUGCAAUCUACUUUGUCUCCGCAAUUGCAAGUUCAGCGAUGAGUUGUAUGUUCAGCAGUGAUCCUGCAGUCGGUGCAUCAGGAGCAAUCUUUGGACUAGUUGGAUCUGUUGCUGUGUUUGUAAUGAGGCACAGAGGCCAGGUUGGAGGGGGCAGAAGUCAGUUACAGCAUAUAGUGAAUGUAAUUGCUCUAAAUAUGGUUAUUGGACUAGUAUCUGAAGGCAUUGACAACUGGGGACACUUAGGGGGCUUGCUUGGUGGAGCUGCGGCGUCUUGGCUUCUUGGACCUGUCUGGGACUACGAAACUAGACCUACAGAUGGUAGAAGAAUCUUGGCUGACAGAGCUCCAAUUUUCAAUCUGUUCAAUUGGAAAAGCAGAUCGUAGGUAUAUUGUCCUCGUAUUGGUGUUCAAUGAUAGACUAACCAAAAGAAGAUGCAAGGUUAGAAAGGGAGAUAUGCUUCCCUCCUAUUGUUAGGUAAAUGAAUGUAUUUAUUAUAUUGAUAACUCACAGUUUGGUUGUCAUUGAAAACUUAUACCACAGAUGAUUACUCAUUACAUUCUCCCUAGACGGCAUUUGUGCUUUUAUUGCUAGAUGUUAAUUAAAGUGUAUUUUCAAAAAAUAUGGGUUUUCCAAUUUUAAUUGAAAAUUAUGGUAAGAUUAUUGGACUUUUUGA